AUGCAGGACAGGACCCUGUGCCGGGGCCAUUCACCGCCAUUCUACGAGGACCUGCUGAUCAGCCAGUUGAAGGUCCACCAGCAUAUGUACACGCCGUGUGCUGCGUCUACCGCCGCGUGUACCAUGCUGGCUGAUCGUAUUGCCUGCCACAUCGUGCAUUCGGACCCAGCUCUUGUGCAUCUGUCGUCUGAUCAUGCAGUUGAUCCGGCAGCUGCCACUCUGGACGAACUGGAGCUGAUCCUGCCGCAGCCGUCGAAUGUUGGUGAUGAUGGCAGUGAAAUCGACCGCUUCCCGGGCCGAGUGGAGGACCUUCUGACUGGCCGCGCACGGAUUGCGUUUGCGGCUGGUGGUCGUGACAGCCACGUGCUGGAUGACCGUCAUCCCGCCAUCCUCACCCUUUGCUUCCCCCAGUCCUUCCCAUACGGCUUUUCUGGUCAGCGCCCCCGCGGCAUGUCUUUUCCGGCAUAUUGUCGCCACCUACUGCACCGCGUGCCGCGGACGCAAUUCGGCGGCAACCUCAUGCUGCUGGCACGCAUCACGAAGUACACUGGCAAGAGCAUCAACGACAGCCAGGCGCAGCUGACAUGCAACGCUCUUACCCGAGUGCAGGACUUCCUGCUCGCUGGAAGGACGCCAACUCCGGGUGCUAGUGGGCCCACUGCCUUUGGCAACAUGUGUGCCACUGUGCAUCGCAUGACCGCUGCCAUUACGGCUGGUAUGGCGCUUGUCGCCAUGAAGCUGGACGGUCAUUCCACCUUCGAGGCGACGUUCGAAAGCGCAUACCUGCAGGUAGACGCGUUCACAGCGCUAUCUGCGGGCGCCGAGCAAUCUCCUGAGGCGGCGACUACAGCAGCAGUACUGGUGGAGGCUGAGGAGCAUGGCAGUUUGCAUCGGGCCUUAUGUGUGGAGUAUGUUGUGGGCCCGGCUUUAUACCCUAUACUUUGCGUGUUCACCACUGCAUCUCUCUUCCUUACAGCAACAACCUGUCCGCUUUACAAUUCGCGCGCUGCAUCUUCUCCUGUAACCGGCUUCGCACGUUAA